AUGCUCUUCGAGAAACCUCCCAAGGCUGUCUGUAAUGUCAAAGUCCAGGGCUGCCACAAUGUUCCCUGUAACAGUUGCUUCCUCCAAUUCAAGGAGCACCGCUGCGUGCCCUUAGACGUCGACGCCCAUGCCAUCUUCGACCGGAUCAUGCGUACCAAGCACGAGGGUCAUAUAGACAAGUUUCUGCAGCAACGCGGUUGGUUUCUCGAAGACCUCGAGGAGGCUUUGGCCAGAAUCCCCAAGCCCCAUGUCACCCAGACCUAUUCUUGCACCUCUCCCACUGCCGAGUCGACUGCUUGGCUUGAGAACAUGCCUGUCUUCGUAAGCCUUGCGAACCCUCCUGACAACGCUACGGUCGAAUCAAGCGAAACCACCCGUUCUCCAACUGUCGAGUCUGUCACUAGCUCUUACGACGAUGACGAGCACAUUGCUCGCUCUCCGGGCACUCACACCUACCCAGUCCCUACCACUUACGUCAACGAGACUGUUCGUUCGCAAGGCUCAGUCAACUCUGGUAACCCCUACAACUCCAAGUACUAUGCGCGCCCUGGAAAGCUCCAUGAACAGUCUGCUCCUCAUUAUGAAGAGUGGAUCACCUACGAGCGCGUGGAACGCUCGGUUGUCAGCCGCCGUACCCCUCGCCGCAAAGAGAUAAAGCGCGCGGUCUACGACCUUCUCGACGGGCUCCGCAAUCGUCGAUCUUAUCAUUAG